AUGUCACAUAGAAAGUUUGAGAGGCCAAGGUCAGGAUCGCUAGGAUUCCUCCCAAAAAAAAGAAGCAGGACGCAUAGAGCGAAGAUCCGCUCAUUUCCCAAGGACGAUGUCUCAGCUCCACCGCACCUAACAGCAUUCGCAGGCUAUAAGGCAGGAAUGACCCACGUGGUCACGGAAGUCGACAAGCCAGGCUCGAAGCUGCACAAAAAAGAGGUGGUGGAAGCAGUGACGAUCGUGGAGACGCCGCCAAUGGUGGUGGUCGGACUCGUGGGCUACGUGGAAACGCCGAAGGGACUUAAGGUCCUGGGCACAGUCUGGGCAGGCCACCUCUCAGACGAAGUGAGACGCAGAUUCUACAAAAACUGGUACAAGGCAAAGCGCAAGGCGUUCACCAAGUACGCUAAGCGCUUCGCAGAAACGAAGAUGGAGAACGAGCUCUCGAGGCUGCGCAACUACGCGACUGUGGUGAGGGCGCUCAUGCACACGCAGCCGUCGAAGACAUCACUUUCUCUACGCAAGGCACACCUCCUGGAGGUGCAAGUUAACGGAGGAACCACAGAAGAUAAGGUAAGAAUGCGUAUACAAUGGGCGACUAUGUCGAUAGAUGAUAGCUAUUUUCCAGUUUCCGGACUAAUGUUGAUCAAGCACAAUUCGUGUAUAGUUGAUGACAAGGUCAACUUCGUUGUUAACUUGUUUGAAAAAACAGUGCCAGUGUCGGCAGUGUUCAGCGAAAAUGAAAUGUUGGACGUAGUGGGUGUGACGAAAGGACACGGUGUGAAGGGCGUGGUGGCGAGAUUCGGAGUAACAAGACUGCCAAGGAAGACGCACAGAGGACUGAGGAAAGUAGCAUGCAUAGGGUCAUGGCACCCAGCAAGAGUGCAGUUCCAAGUGCCCAGGCACGGACAGAUGGGGUACCACAAGCGCACGGAACGCAACAAGAAAAUAUACAGGCUAGGCUCAGGAAGCUGCCCGCGCAACGGCUCGACAGAUUCGGACCUGACUGAGAAGACGAUCACGCCAAUGGGAGGGUUCCCGCACUACGGAGUGGUGCGCGAGGACUUCCUGAUGCUCAAGGGCUGCGUCGUCGGCACGAAGAAGAGAGUGCUCACGCUGAGGAAGACGCUCGUGCCGCAGACGAGCAGAGUGGCGCUCGCGCAGGUACAGCUAAGGUUCAUCGACACCUCGUCAAAAUGGGGACACGGAAGGUUCCAGACCCAGGAAGAAAAGGCGAGGUUCUACGGACCACUCAAGAGCAGCUAG